AUUAAUGUGGGCAAGUAAGUAAAAUAAAAUGAAUUAAAUAAAUCCUCCCACACCUAUAAAUGAAUCCUAGAACGUUAAUUCAUUAGAAACCCAAAACACGAGUAAAAUAAUAAAAUAUUAUUACACAACCCAACAUUUGGAAACUGAAACAUGGGAUUGCUCCUGCCGUACGGACACGUGGACUCCAGCUUGAGGGGAUUGGCUGGCCAAGCUGAGGGCUUCGGCCGUUUGGCCGCCGGCGGCUUUAACGGCGCGGUCUACUGUGUCACCACCCUGGCCGACGACGGGCCUGGUUCCCUACGUGACGGGUGCCGUAAACGGGAACCUCUAUGGAUCGUGUUUGAGGUCUCGGGCACGAUCGAUCUCCGUUCGCUUCUCUCUGUGUCGUCCCACAAGACGAUCGACGGCCGUGGUCAAAAAGUCAAACUCACGGGGGAUGGUCUAAGGUUGAAAGAAUGCGAACACGUCAUCAUAUGCAACAUUAUACUCGAAGGCGGCCGAGGCCAUGACAAAGACGCUAUUCAGAUAAAACCGAGCUCGAAGCACAUUUGGAUCGACCGUUGCAGUCUUAGCGACUUCAACGACGGCCUCAUUGAUAUUAGCCGAGAGAGCACAGACAUCACCAUUUCUCGAUGCCACUUUGCGCGGCACAACAAGGCCGUGCUCGUGGGGGCGUCAGCAUCCCACACGGGCGACCGGAACAUGCGCGUCACUAUUCACCACUGCUUUUUCGACGGGACCCGCCAGAGGCACCCGCGCGUUCGGUUCGCUAAAGUGCAUUUGUACAACAAUUACACGAGAAAUUGGGGUAUUUACGGCGUUUGCGCCAGCGUGGAGGCUCAUGUGUACUCGCAAUGCAACAUAUACGAAGAUCCGCAUAGAGCCGCAUUCAAAUACAUGAAGGAAAAGGCAGCUGAUAAAAACGAGGAAUGUACGGGUUUAAUAAUUUCGGAAGGCGAUUUGUUCGUCGACAAAACUGAGUCUGGCUUGCAGUCUCUCCCGAGAGAGUCAUGCGUUUUUAAACCGAGCGAGUACUAUGCCAAGUGGACAGUCGAGCCACCAAACGACGAUUUGCAGCAUUUUCUUCAGCACUGCACGGGAUGGCAGAAGAUCGACCGGCCCGCGGAUAAGUCAAAUUGUUAAACAGAGAGUUACUUGAAAAAACACAUUAUUACAUAUGUUUGAUGUGUCUAAAUUAAGGUUGUGACCAAAAUAAACUGCUGUCUGUAAGCAGUAUUGACUAUUGAGCUUAUCAGCUUAUUUUGAGCAAUUGAGCUCAAGAUGGAUUUAUUGUUUAAUAUUGGGAAUAAAAAUUCUGCUUAUGUUUUGAUUAUGCAUUUCAAAUGAGAGAUGUUGCGAUUUCUGAAAUUUGCG